UGAACAAUGAAACCCCUAACUUCUGUCAGGCUCUUCAAAAAAAUUCUAAUUUUGGAAGUUAUUGGAGUUCUGGGGGUAUAUACUUUGUAUUACAAGAUGAACUCAAGCGAAGAUUUCAGACAUAAAAUGAAGCGAAGGUGUCCAUCUGUUUUGGAAGUUUAUUACAAGAGUAAUGAGUGGGCUGGUAUUUAUGGGCUCAAAGAAUUGGAUGAAGAGAAAUGGCUUACAAAAAAACCCUAAAAUGGUUUGUGCCUGAACUUCUUUUUCUGCCUGAUGAUGCUUUUCACGUCCUUAUUGUGAAUCCACUUGUCGCGUUCUGCCUCCCACUUGAGCUGUUUGAGAUCUAACAGAGGAAGACAGUGAAUAAAUUAGAUAAAUCAAUGGAAUAAGUACACUCUUUAAAUUUGAAAGCAGAGUUUUCUAUUUGGAUGCAAAGUAUUUGUAAGGCAAGACAUUCAAAAGAUCAAACCACAAAUACUCUGGUUGCAUUUUUUCAUUAAAAAAAGCAUGUAAAAGGUA